UUGUUUGACAGAAUUAGUUGAAUGUGAAAAGGCUUCAGUUUCUCUAAGGCCACGGUGCAGGGGUGAGAGUCAACGCAGCAGUCAACCAACAAUUUGUUGUUUCUUUAAGCUGUGUCUCCGAUUGAUAUUAAUAGUGAACCUAACGUCACAGUAUGUGUCAGGAUUAUUGUCAAUGUAUUUAAGAGAAACGUGUUUGUCCAGCUGCCGUCUGCAGUGCUGUCAGACCGUACAGCCUAACGCACGAGCUGCAACUCUCCUUAGAACCAAAGAGAAUUUGGCUCUAAUCUCAUUUUGAUUAUGCUGCUAAUUUAGUUAUUUCAGAUCAUAAUCCACUCACUCGCUCUUUUUGGGAAAGAAAAAUGUCUGCUUCAACUCCAGCUAAUGGAGAACCACUCUGUGUUGUGUCUUCUGUAAAUUUGGGGAAAUUUACCUGUUGUUUUUUUUAAUUAUUAUUGUUUUUUUUGGCAGCUUUAUACCUGGAAAAGUAAAUAGUUUAAAAAUAAUUUAAAUCUUUAGGGAUGUACAAUAUUAGCUUAAAGAAAAUGAUCUCAUCACAGUUGUAGUAGUGAUCCUGUUGCUCUCUCUCUCUCUUUUAAACUUUGCUCAUCAGGAAUUGACUUCCUGUCAAUAUACGAGUGUUUCCUGUAGCAUAGUAUUGUGGCUUUGUAGCCUCGUCAAGCGCAUCCCAAGAAGAAGUCAUGUUUGUGAACUCAAACAUGACUGAUGUUAACUUUUUCGCCGAUAUACCGAUAUUGUCCAAACAUUUAAUUUCCGACACCGAUAUCAACCGUUACCGAUAUAUGCAGCCGUUUUCAAAAACUCGAAACCUCUGCUGUGAAAGUCUCAGAAUCCCAGAAGCAAUUCCAGCACAUUCGACGAAACCCAGGCAUGGCAUUAUCGGAAAAACCGAUAACGAUUCUUACAGAUAUUAUAUAAAUAUGUUAAUAUCGGGCCAAUAAUAUCGGCCGGACAAUAUUAUUCGGACAUAAAUAUCUACGGUAGGUAAGUUAAGUCAUGUCAAAUCGAUUUAUUCAUACUUUGUAGAACGGAAAUAGAGAAAUGAAGUUUAAUUAAUACAAUUAAUUAUGAACCACUGAAUCAUUUGGAAAGUAACUCCAGAGAUGAGAGUGAGGGUGGAGGUAGUUAAUGGGAGACAGACAGAAGAACCGUGGGAGAGAGGGAGGCGGAGCCAACCUUGUACUACAGUGGCUGACAGUGGGGAGGAGAGCAGUUCAGAGGAUGCUGGAAGCUGAGGCCAGGCUGCUGCUGGAUUUCUGUCUGUCACACUGAAGUGCAUCUCGUGCUGAGAGAGAGAGAAAAAGAACAACAACACGUCGGUUUGAACGCCUCUGGACUAAGUAGUUGAUGAUGAACAGGUCUGCUGGAUCCAUAGGUGAAGAGCUCACAGAUGAGGAGAAGGAGAUCAUCAACAGUGUCCUGGCGCGUGCCAACAUGAUGGAGGCCACGGAGCAGGAGAGGAUUAGGCGUCUGUCUUCCCGCCUGGAUGAUAUGAAGAAGAAGGCGUGCGGCGAUGGCCAAUCACAGUGUCUGUUUUGUGGGACGGUGUUUGGACCACAGGGCGUCACAGCUGUCCUCUGUGUUCACUGCAGGAAGCACAUGUGCAGCAAAUGUGGGAUCUGGAGCAACAGCAAGAGCUCCCCCGUGUGGCUGUGCAGGAUCUGCAGUGAACACCAAGAGCUCCAUAAGCGUUCAGGAGCCUGGUUUUUCCAGGGAAGAGAGCAGCAGAGUCUCCCUCCUCUCCUCCCUCUGUCCAAACCUCAACAGUCCAGCACGGAGCGCGGUUCUGCUCCUGUGGGGGCCAGCAGCCGCCCUGAGCAACCUGCAACACUGGACCAUCCACAGGCCCCGCAGCAGCAGCAGCAGCAGACGGCCGGUUUAACAACUGACAGCUCUGAGGGACAGACGCCUCCAGCUGCAGUGAAGAAGGCGGAGGCUCAUGUGUUGGCCUCCAAACCACUUCAGUCCAAACUGCAGCACGCCACCCCCCCCUCAGAUGUGUGGAACAAGCUUCCACAGCCUGACGUCUCUGCAGCCAUCGUCCCCCCCGUCCACCCUCCUGUGACUCCCCAGAGACCGACACCAGAGCGAACAGAGGAGGAGGACAAUGAUUACGAUUCAGACGAUGCCACUACUCUUGGAUCUCUGGAGUUCAGUCUUCUUUAUGAGCAGGACAACCACACCCUGCACUGCUGCAUAAUAAAAGCCAAGGGAUUGAAGCCCAUGGACUCGAACGGACUCGCUGACCCCUACGUCAAGCUGCACCUGUUACCUGGAGCCAGUAAGUCUAACAAGCUCCGCACCAAGACGCUGAAAAACACUCUGAAUCCUGUGUGGAACGAGACGCUGGUUUACCACGGAAUCACCGAUGAUGAAAUGUCCCGCAAAACUCUACGCCUUUCAGUCAGUGACGAGGACACGUUUGGACACAACGAGUUCAUAGGAGAGACACGAGUGGCUCUGAAGAAACUGAAGUUCGACCAGAAGAGAAACUUCAAUGUCUGCCUGGAGCGGGUCAUCCCGGUGAAGAAGGCCGUGGGAGGCUCGUCCCGCGGCAUGGCUCUCUACGAGGAUGACCUAAAUGAAGGCGAGGAUUCAAAGGAAAGAGGUCGUAUCUUGAUGUCACUGACGUACAACAGUCAGCAGAGUCGUCUGAUAGUGGGCGUGGUCCGCUGCGCUCACCUGGCUCCCAUGGACUCCAACGGAUACUCGGACCCUUUUGUCAAAGUAUAUUUGAAGCCAGACAUGGGGAAGAAAGCCAAAAACAAGACACAGAUCAAGAAGAAGACCCUGAAUCCAGAGUUUAAUGAGGAGUUCAGCUAUGAAAUAAAACACACAGAACUGGCCAAGAAAACGCUCGAAAUCUCAGUGUGGGACUACGACAUGGGAAAAUCCAAUGAUUUCAUUGGAGGCUGUGAGCUGGGCAUCCAGGCCAAAGGAGAGUGUCUGAAGCACUGGUACGACUGCCUGAAGAACAAAGACAAGAAGAUAGAGUGCUGGCACGUCCUGUUGAAUGACCACACCCUCCAGAUGGAAGAUUAGAGCUGUGGAAAUAAAGUGUGUUUUUUUCUCUGUGUGAACAAGUAGACAAACAUUAUCUUCUGGCUUUUACAGUUUGUCAAAAUAUUCAAAGAUAUAUUUGUGGCAGGAGAAGGUGUUUUUGAAUUUUUCACCUAUUCCUUGUUUUUACAUUUUUCCACCCCAUCGCUUGCGCCCCCUACUGUUGAACCAACCAUCCCCGUGUUCUUAACUGCCCUACAUCCGUAAACCUUCUCUGAGAUCUUCCUCUUUUUCUCUUGCUUGGCAGCUCUGUCAUAAUCAUCAUCAUCAGUGGCGGCUGGUGAAUAAUAUUCUAGGUGGCGCUGUUCCACAGGGAGGCAAUUUGUGAUUGUGAAAUGACUCCAUUCAACUGUUUUUACUUUCUUUCCAUUUUGUGUUCCCUGGGUUUUCUUUUUCAUUUCCAUGACUAUUUUGAGUUGCAUCAUUUUACGUAUGUUACUUUGAGUUCACACUCUAUCUCUACACUAUUAUAAACUGCUGUUUACAUUGAAGCUCUUGUUAAUAAUGUCUGUAAUGUUUGCUAUAAAGUUGAGACCAGAGGGAAUUCCCGGUUUUCCAGUUCUGACCUUUUGCCCCCGAGUCGUACGAGAUCAUAUACUGUGUUAUCAACUCUUCUGUACGACCACGUUGUUCAAGUGCUUGCAUCACCAAAACAAUGCUUUCAGUAGUUAUCGUGUUAAAUAUUAAAUGAAACGCCCACUCGUGUGUUUGUGAGCAGUU